AUGUUGACGAAAGAUGAAACACUCCCGGGUCAGGACCAGCGACUCAGCAUGUCGGCGCAAGACAAGGAGGCCGGCGGUUCCAUCCACGUGGAGGUAAUCGCGGAUCUGUCAGAGGAUGAUCGGAGAUUCCUGGAUGGCUUUACGGAUGAACAGAGAAAGAAAGUGCUCUGGAAGUUGGACAUCAGGCUCGUCCCUAUGCUAGCCUUCCUAUACCUCAUAGCCUAUAUCGACCGAGCCAAUAUUGGAAAUGCCAAGAUCGAAGGUCUCCUCGAAGACCUCAACCUUUCAGGAGAGCAAUACAACAUUGCACUCGCAAUCUUCUUUGUGCCCUACAUCCUCCUUGAAAUGCCUAGCAAUACCCUUCUUUUGAAAUUCAAACACCCUUCCUACUACCUUGGUACAUUGAUCACUCUAUGGGGGAUUGUCAUGACUCUGACCGGUAUUGUGACCAAUUUUGGAGGCUUGGUGGCCUGUCGAGUCUUGCUCGGCGUGUUUGAAUCCGGCUUCUUCCCAGGGGCAGUAUUCACGAUUUCCAGCUGGUAUCUUCCCAACGAAACACAGGUGCGAAUAGCGCUCUUCUAUGCCGCGAGCGCCCUGGCCGGUGCGUUUUCGGGCCUCCUCGCUUUCGCGAUCGUGAAGCUCGACGGGCUCGGUGGCUUGGAAGGCUGGCGAUGGAUAUUCAUUCUCGAGGGCAUAGCAUCGGUGGUAGCCGGUGUGGGGACAUUUUUUCUGUUGGUUGAUACCCCAGCGCUGUCUUCGUGGCUCACGUCAGAAGAACGUCGGUAUCUACAACUUCGACAGCUUGCCGUUCAAGGCAAUAGCACCCGAGUGAAAGAAGCGGAGAAGUCUAGGAAGUGGGAGAUCGCUAGAUCGGUGAUAACAGACUGGCAGCUCUACCUCCAAGCCCUGGUCUACUGCUCAAAUACAGUGCCAAAUUACGGAAUGAAGUUCACAAUGCCACAGAUCAUCAAGAACAUGGGAUAUACCAGCAGCAAUGCCCAACUCCUUACAGUGCCACCAUAUGUCGUGGGCGCGAUUAGUGCAUUUGCUUCCGGUGUUCUCUCAGAUCGCUUCCGGUGGAGAAUGCCCUUUAUCGUUGGAGCUCAACUGCUUGUCGUCAUCUCGUUCGCGGUUCUCUUUGCCAAAGCGGAAGAUAUUGCUUCGAACAUCCCAGCUUGUUACUUCGCAAUCUUUCUUGCGAACGCUGGGUUUUACCCCAUCAACCCCGGUGGUAACGCAUGGACGCUCAGCAACCUCGCGGGCCCAACAAAGCGAAGUCAAGGAAUUGCGUACAUGAUUUGCCUCGGUAACAUUGGCGGCAUCAUUGGAAGCUUCAUCUACAUGGAAGAUGAGAAGCCGAAGUAUCCGACUGGCUUCGGUGUUUCACUUGCAGCUGCGAGUCUUGGGAUAGUGUCCUGCUUGGUUCUGGAAUUCAGUUUCUGGAAGAUCAAUCGAUCUCGUGCUGCUUUCAGUGAAGCUGAGAUUCGCUCAAAGUAUACCGACGAGGAAUUGGAGAGAAUGGGAGAUCGCUCGCCUCUGUUUAGGUACUCACUUUGA